UCUCUUAUAACCCUCUUCCAACUGGCACUUCUUUUCAUUCACCACAAAAUCCCACUCUCCCAUUUCACUUCUUUUAUUCUUACUAAUUGUUCUUGCUCUUGGUGUUGGUGUUGGUGACUGAACUACAACCACCACCAAAACCAUAUUCUAUUCUUUUUGAGCAAGAUGAAUGAUGCAAUGGCGGCUUCUGAAUGCAGCAGUGGUGUUGAGUCUGGUUGGACUCUAUAUCUAGACCACUCUUACAGCAUUAACCAUAAUAGUGGUUACUAUGAAGAGGACAAGAGGAGGAACAAGCAUGAGGACUCAACUGAUGAGGAGGACUUGUCCAUGGUUUCUGAUGCUUCUUCUUGGCCUCCACAUGAUGACACUAAUUAUGAUGAGAAUCAGAAUAAUAAUAAUAAUAAUAAUGGAGCCUUUUGUAAUUCUGCUUCCAAAGCAGUGAAGCUCUCCAAGACCAAGAGGCAGAAGAAGGUUAAGGAGCCUUCUUAUCUUCAUGACACUGCUAGCUCUCAUUUCUAUGACCUCUCCACAAACAAAGUUGAUGAUUCCAACCAACAAACUUACACACAGAGUAUGCUAGAUUGUUCACAAGGUUUCUCUGCCACUUAUUUUCAGAGGAAAACUUCAUGCCAAGAACACUUUGGUUUCUUUCAACCAUCUCUAUCAGAAAAUGAACUUCAAGAAAACAACAGCUGGUAUGGUGGAAAAGGGAUUGGAAUGAGGUAAAAGAGGAUGAGGGAGUUCAAUCAACCUAAUAGCUGCCUCUGCCAUUGAAGUAGUUGCAGUGGAAGUUACUGAAAAUCAAUGGAGGGAGAAUCAUGGUGCUGUAGGAAUUUUAUUAUAUCCAUAGGGGCCUUGUAUCUUUCUUAUCUUUUCUUUUCUUUUCUUUCUGGUAGCAAUGUCAAUGCAGUGGGAAACAACCAGAAAAGACA